AUGCCUGUGAAGUGUAAUGUCCGAAGUCGUUCAAGAAAUGGCGCUUAUUGUCACAAUGCACCUCUGCCAAGAAACACGAUGGCCACUGCAGAGUUGAGUAACGAUCCAGAGGCUGCCAAUUUUACUGGAUUUAAUCAACGUGGAAGUCUACCAGCGUGCUGCUGCUGCCUUGAUUUUCACUACUUACUCAUCCUCUUUGGCAUUUGCCUCAUGAUUGUCGGUCUCGUUGUUAGUACUGGCGCCGGUAAAGGCAUAGGCAACACCUGGCUUCUGCAAAAGAGUGCGCUUCUGUCUCGUGUAGAAGCAAUGGACGAUUACCGGUAUCAUAUGAGAGCGAUGGUUCAUUAUGUUCAAUUGAAUUAUCUCAACUCACAAAGACUUUCCUUGGAACGGAAUAAAGCCUCAAGGCAGCUGAGAAGAUUGAUGAGGAUUCAGCAUUGGCUGCAAUACGAAAAGGAGCAUAUUUUGCGGCAGAACUUGUAUGAAGUCUGCGCAUUGUCAGAAGCAACUGGACGGAAUCAUCAAAAUUUCUACGCACUCGAUAGCUCCAUUUGCCAUCGGAUAAGGCAAGAACAGCAGAGAAGGCAACAGUCUCCCUUCUCAAAUAUAGGCUCACGAAAACCACAAAAGAGCACUAGUUCGUUUAUGUCUUCCCAGGACCAGCUCAAACUGCCUCUUUGUGCGUUCCUUCCCGUCCAGUCGACAGGUCGUGUUUCCGACGUUAAAACAUUAAUUAAUUUUUCACGCAUUGAUUUCCAUCAUCGCAUUGCACCUCAAUACAUUAUGCAAGAAAUCGGACGACUGCGCAACUUUCGUUCCUUUUUUUUUUUAGAUGCUCUUAAUUCUACUCUCAGUCUUCGGGAAAGGCAUACGGUUUUGGGAGCGGAAAAAUCCACUAGCAUUUUAUCCGAACAAGAAUUGCGCCAACUGCAUCAAAUGUUCUUCAAAAACUCCACUUUUGCCGCUUUCCUCACCAGUCUUUAUCGACUCCUCUUCACCACCCUCCUGCUCUCUAUGUGCAUCUGUUGGCUGUUGGCUUGCAAACAUUUGAUUAUGCAAAUGGCUUCACGCACCGUAACCGUCGUCACUAGCAGAGUAACAGUCAUAUCACCCUGUCCACCGGCCAGUCGAAGAAUCGAGACCUUUAUUCACUCUUCAGAUAGUUCCCUCUCCUUCAAUCGUCCUUCGAUUGGUGGUGGUGGUGGAGGAGGAGGAGGAGGGGGUGGAGUUACCUCAGCACGUCUCAAUAUCUGGCACUCCAACGAUGACCCUUGUGAAGAUCUCCAGAAUCCCCUCUAUCCCUUACCUCCAGUUCCUCCUCCUCAUGCUGCCACUCCUCAAACUAUGCCCGGGAGAAAGAAAUCUAAAAAACAAAUGUCCACCUUCAUGGGAAAAUCCCCGGCCCAAGACAAAUCUGCCACCCAAUGGGAUUCGAAUGAAUCUCAUGUUUAA